AUGCUCCUCAACACCCUCGUUGUCGCGGCCCUCGCGACCGGCGUAACUGCCCGCUCCAACCACAUGGAGAAGAGGACCUUCUGGGGCUUGAACAGCAACUCGGGAGUCUCGUGCGCAGGCGGUUGGAUCGCCAAGUUUAAUGGCGGUACUUGUGUCAAUCAGCAAACCACGACUACCGUCCCCAGUAACGAAAACUGUCCUAUCAAGUGGACCUGGCACCGGCGCCAGAACUGCUGUGUUCCUCCCAAGGAGUCGCAGGAAUGUGACUGCGGUGAAGGCUACAGCUGGGGCUCCAACUCGUGGAAGUGCAAGCCUCCCACCAACAAGUGCAGCGGCAACAAGUGGUACCACCAGCGUUCCGGCAAGUGCUGUGACGAUUACACCCAGACCCCACCUCCCAAGAAGGACUGCCCUCAGGGCAUCCGCUGCCCUACCGACUGGUACUGGGAUGGCACGUGCUGCAAGCCUCGUUGCCCAACGACCCCUGCACCCGACUGCUCGGACUGGGACCACGGCAAGCAGUGCUGCGGCGGGCCUAAGCCCUCGGGCGGCGCUGGCGGCGGCGGCGGCGGCGGCGGCGGUGGUGGUGGUGGUGGUGGUGGUGGUGGUGGCCACGGUGGUGGUGGUGGUGGCCACGGUGGUGGUGGAGGUGGUGGCCACGGCGGUGGUGGCAAGGGUGGUGGUUGGGGUGGCAAGGGCGGCUGGGGCAAGUGGCGUCGUGACCAGGCCCUCCUGAGCGGCAACGACCUCGACCACGCGACUUACUGCCCCGUUUCCGGCCAGCUUGCUUGCUACACCACCUCGGCUCUUACCGGCUACGAGUGCAUCGACCCCCAGACCGAGCUCGAGUCGUGCGGUGGCUGCAUCGUAGGCGGAACCGGCGUCGACUGCACUUCUCUUCCCGGCGCCAAGGCUGUCGGCUGCGAGGCUGGCGUCUGCAAGAUCUACUCGUGCACCAAUGGCCUCUCACUUGUCGACGGUUCGUGCCAGUAA